GCCCCCCCCCCCCCCCGCUUCCGCACCUGGGGCUCCUACUUCCCGCUCCCUUAAGCCUCUCUCCCUUUCCCUCACGGGACCUCGUCCCCUUCCCCAUUAGGACCUCGCUCUCUCUUCCCCUUUUUAAGGACUAGCGCCCUCCUUUCCCCAGGCCCCGCCCCCUCCCCGCGCGACCUUCCAGGUCCCCGUCCCCGCGGGGCCUUGUGGCCCUUGUGCCCCCUCCCCAUCAUGGAGACAGAGCAGGGGCCCGUGACCGUGAGCAAGACUUUCCAUGAGCACCUGCGGCAGCUGGGUCUGCACGAGUUCCCGUGCGGGGUGGGCAGCUGGAACAGAACUCGUUUUUCCUCUCAAAACUUGAAAUCCUGGAAAGGUUCAAUUCCUAAAAUGCCAGAUGAUGUUCCCCCUGAAGAGGAGACUGUAAGUGCCCUGUUGAGACUGGUACAAAGUAGAAAGUCCCCCUGGACUCAUCCCAAGGAUGCGACCAUGGAAGAUCAAUACCUGAGAGAGCUUGCCAUCCACAACCCCCUCAUCAUUGAAGAUGACUUCUUGUUCUCCUAUUUCACAUCUCUCCGAGUGGUGGACAAAGGGGUCACCCUGAUUGAUGAGGACCUGCUGAAGUUCCUGAAGCUUGAAGAGCUGAUCCUGAGUGCCAACCGAAUCAAGGAGGUAGAUCCCAUGAAUCUGCCCCCAACUCUUAAGGUUCUGGAGCUCUAUGGAAACCAGAUGACCAGUAUCCAGUGUCUGUGCUCACACCCCCCUCCAGCCCUCCAGCACUUGGGCGUGGGCCACAACAAUCUUCUUGGCUACCUGGAAAGCCACUAUAUCACAGCCACUUACUGGCCCAACCUGGUCUCCCUGGACCUGGGCUACAAUGACCUGACGGAGCUGCGCUUCAUGAUCGCCGGCCUGUGUACCCUGUCGCAGCUGAGACUGCUGGUGCUGCAGGGAAACCCCCUGGCCCUGGUGCCCCAUUACCGGGGCUACACCGUGGACUGCCUGCCCCAGCUCAACGUGCUGGACGACAUCACCGUGUCCCCUGAAGAGAGGCACCUGUUCCAGGGCCUCAGCUGCAAACUGGCGCUUGCAGAGGAGAAGGCCUACUUAACUGUGACUCUGAAGAAAGUCUCGGGGGUUUUGGACUCCUCGGUCUUGGACGAAGAACCAGAGCUCGAAGGCCCUUACAUCGCUUAUAGCUACUAUGUGACGUAUAAUUUCGUGGAGGACGAAAAAGAUGCUGGGAAGGAGUUUGCUAGUAAUAUGGAUGAGGUUAUGAAAUCCACAGAAAGUCCAUUACUGUCAACUGUGCUUUCCAGUGAAGAAAAUAAUGAGCCUGAAGCGGAUCCUCGGCUCAACCCAGCCCCAGGGUCAGUCCUCUUUAGCACAAUUCAAAAACCUUGGAGCAAUGUUAUCGAAUAUAAUUACAAGAUGAAACAUACUUUGAAGGACCUGAUACCCCUGAAGGCCUUCCUGUUGCUGGGAACCAACAUUACCAUAGUGGAGGAAAAGAAAGUUUCUUGGCAAAUUCUUCCUACUCCAGUGGAAAGUCCCCCACCUAGCAAGAAAGGAAAAGGCGAGAAAGGCAAGAAGGGGAAGGGAAAAGAGAACGAGAAAGAGAAAGAGAAAGAAAAAGAAAAAGAAAAAGAGAAAGAGAAAAGAAAAAAGGACUCGCCUAAGGAAUUUCGUCACGAUCCUCCCAUUCUCCGAGUCUUGGGAAGUCAACUGCUCAACCUGGAGCCCUUGCUCUCUGGGGAGACCCUGGUGACCUCUCUAUGCAAUUUUGGGACAGUCCGUACUGCUGAAACUGACAAGCUGACCUGGAUAAAGAGCCAAAAGACCAAGACCAAGAAGAAAUCUGCAAGACGAAGGGCAAAAGAGCAAGAGAAAAAGAAGGAGGUGACGAUAUUUGAAGCACCCGAUUACCAGCCAGAUCCCCUGACAUUGGAUUUUGAGAUCCAGCUGUGUCACUACAAGUCCCUAGCAGAAGCAGUGAAAUCGCCCUGCCCGUGAUCUUCUACCCCAUACUUUAUCCCUCUCGGACUUCGAUGGCAAAAAAAAAAAAAAAAGGUUUGGUGAUAAAGGGUAGCUUUGGUUGUAGCAA